AUGAUAGGAGGGACACCAGCCCACAGUUAUGCAGUUCUAGAUGCUUAUAGUUAUAUGCUUAGGACUGUAAAUGAAGGAAGCAAGACAUCGUUGAAAGUUGAUGACAAUGGGAGGUUCAAAUAUUUCUUUGUAUUUUAUGGAUCUUGGAUUAGGGGAUUUGUACAUAUGAGAAAAGUCUUAGCCGUUGACAGGACAUUCUUAAGGGGCCCUUACAAGGGAGUUUUGCUAUCUGCUGUGGCACAAGAUACAGAAAAUUAUAUUUUUCCUAUUGCAUUUUGUGUAGUAGAUAAGGAGUGUGAUGCUUCAUAUGAAUACUUUUUUGAGCAAUUGCUAGACAUAGUCCCCAAUACUACAGAGUUGUGCAUCAUUUCUGAUAGGCAUCCAAGCAUAGGAAAAAUGGUAUCAAAGAUUUACUCUAAAGCACACUAUGGAUGUUGCACGAGGCAUCUUACUGAAAAUGCAAUAAAAGAAUUUCAUUGUGGAGAUUUCCUUGGACAUUUUUAUCAUACAACUAAAACAUACUGUAAAGAUGUGUUCAAUGACCAUUUUGAAGAAACUAGAUAUAUCAAUGCAGAAGUCGCCGAUUAUCUUGAGAAUGUUGGCUUCCGUAAAUGGAGUAUAGCAUGCUUCCCAGGAAAUAGGUCCCCAACAAUUAUUGUAGUUGGUGGAACAACUGGAACAGUUGUUCCAGCAACUGUAGUAGUUGUGGGACAAUUAAAGAGAAUUGUUCCAGCAACUGCAAUAGUUGUUGGGGGCCUGCGGUCGUAUGAUAUGUUGACCUCAAACAUUGCUGAGUCUAUUAACUCAAUGUUUAAUGAAGAAAGAGAAUUCCCCAUUACUGCCCUAUUCAACACUAUAAGUAGGAGGUGGUGUAAGCCAACAACUUCAGUAGUUGUCAUACAACUAAAGCAAUUGUUAGGACAACUACUGAAGUUGUCGAACAACUAA